AUGCGGACAUGGGGGAAGAUUUGGCGCAUAGUGGUGACGUCAGAUCGUCCACUUAACUCGGUCGUCCACAGUUUCAAUCUUUGGUUCGUCACUCUGGCCGCCCUUGUGGUUUCACUUCCGCCAUCUUUGUUUGAGCAGGGCUACGGACGCUUGACGGAGGCAACUGUUGAGAUAUUUGGAGCAGUGGAAAAAACAAUAACCGAGUUCCAGGAAGAAAUUGCCAGUUCAAAGGAGGAGAUCGAACGUCUACAGAGGCUUCUGGAUUUGGCUUUGAAACCCGACUUAAAGUUACAUAAAUCAGAUGCCAGGCAGCUUACUCUCCCUGUCCCAGAGGAGGUUCCCCCUGAGAAGCGGCACUGUGAGCAUGAGUGGAGCCCCAGUCUAGGCCAGGAGGAGCCAGAGCCCACACACAUUGAAGGGGAAGAGGAGGUCAGGACCAGUCAGGAGGAGCAGCAGUAUCAAGGACUAGAGCCCGACAUAGAGUUCAUAUUUACUCCUCCCUGUGUGGAAAGUGACUAUGAUCAGGACCCACCCCAGCCUUCACCGACCACCAACACAACUGAAGAGAUGGACGCCGAAAUGGAGGGGGAGAGAAAUGGGGCAUCAUUAACAACCAGUGACUUCCAGUCCCUCUCUGUAGAGAAUCCAGGAUCCCCUGCAGCUCAGAUCAACACCAGUGGAAGUGUUGAUGUAGUGGCGAGUGGAGGACUACUGUCAGCAUUGGGGUUAAUACGGACCAGCAGUAUGCAAGCAAGUGUUGGAGGCCGUAGAACCAAAAAAUUACCCCACAAGAAAGUACAAAGCUCCCAUUCCAGUGCAGUAAGCAGGAAGACUACCAAGUUACCCCUCAAGACAGUGCAAAGCCCAGAUACCAGUGAUGGAGGCAAGAAAACAACCAAGUUGCCCCUGAAGACAGUGCAAAGCCCAGAUACCAGUGUAGUAGGUAGGAAGACGACCAAGUUACCCCUCAAGACAGUACAAAGCCCUGAUACCAGUGCAGUAGGCAGGAAGACUACCAAGUUGUCCCUAAAGACAGUGCAAAGCCCUGAUACCAGUGCAGUAGGCAGGAAGACUACCAAGUUACCCCUCAAGACAGUGCAAAGCUCUGAUACCAGUGCAGUAGGCAGAAAGACUACCAAGUUACCCCUCAAGACAGUGCAAAGCCCCAAUACCAGUGAUGGAGGCAGGAAGACUACCAAGUCACCCCUCAAGACAGUGCAAAGCCCCAAUACCAGUGCAGUAGGCAGGAGAACUUCAAAGUCACCACGUAUAAGAGGAGAGGAGACUGGAGGACUACGGUCAGCACUGGGGUUAGUUCGGACAUUGAGAGCACGGGUCAAGAAAGAACAAAGCUCUCCUGCCAGUGCUGAAGCGAGGAAAACUAAAAAGUUACCCCACAAGAAAAGACAAAGUUAUCUUACCAGUGGUGGAGUCAGGAAAAUCUCCAAGUUACCCAAGGUAACAUCAGCCAAUAAAAACCAUACGGCUCCUCAUUGUUGCAAGAUGUGUGGGAAGUCUUUUGUUUUCAUGACUUAUCUUGUUAGUCAUGUGCAAAAAAUUCAUUUAAAGGAUAAAUACCAUCUUUGUGGGGUUUGUGGGAAAGAUUUUAGGUCCACAGAUAGUAUGGUGAAGCAUCUGCAAACCCACAUGGGAGUGAAGCAUUUCUGCCACGCCUGUGCUAAAGUCUUCACUUGUAGUUCCAAUCUGAAAGUGCAUAUGAGGAUCCAUACAGGGGAGAAGCCAUUUCAGUGCAAACACUGUGGGAAAGGCUUCACUGUGAGAAAAUCCCUGGAAGACCAUGAGAAGACUCACACAGGGGAGAGGCCUUUUAAGUGCACUUCAUGUGGAAAAUGUUUCUCAUCAACGACUCAUCUAAGUCGCCACCAGGAAAUUCACACAGGAGAGAAACCCUAUCAGUGCAAUGAUUGCGGGAAAAGCUUCAGUCGGAAGGAAAAACUGGCAGAACAUAUGAGGACCCAUACAGGGGAGAAACCAUAUCCCUGCCCUGAAUGUGGCAAAUGCUUUGGUCUGAAGGGAAAUCUGACCACCCAUAUGAUAAGACACACAGGGGAGAAACCAUGCAGGUGCGAAGAAUGUGGCAAAUGUUUCUCUUUGAAUGCAGACCUGAAAAUUCAUAUGAGGACACACACGGGGGAGAAAAGAUAUAAGUGCAAUGUUUGUGACAAAUCCUUCACUCAGAAGGCGUACUUGGCUAGCCACAUUAUGAAACACACGGCAGAGAAACAACCGGUUCAGUGACUGUGGUAAAUUAUGCAAUCAAAUGGGAGUCGUGAGAGAACGAGAAGAGCACUUAGAGUAAAAACUCCUCUGUUCAUUGUGAAUGUAUUUUUGUCGUUUUCUGGUGUGAGACAUUGACAAUACACCACCACAGUUCAAAAAGUUGAAAGAGACCUGUGUGGGGAAAAUGUGAGGUUAGAGGGGAAAAUGUGAGGUUAGAACCUAGUUUGAGAGCACAUUGUACUCUAUAUACCAUUAGGAACCUUAGAGGACGACUGGGUAGAAUCAAUUUAGGGUAUGCAUGAAUAAACAUGCAGAACAUUGUUGACAAGUUUGUAGUUUGAGUGGAUUUUAAGGCAGAAGCAACAGUCCCAGCUAAUUUAUCAAAUGUCACAACAAUUUAGUCAUUAUCUUCUAUUAGCAAAACUUAUUUUGUUUGAUUAAAGGAUUAGUUCAACCAAAUUACAUUGGUUUCCUUACCCUGUAAGUAGUCUAUGGACAAGGUAUAAUGCCAAUCCAUGUUUUGGUUUAGUUUCCUUGGCACUGUUUUCACAUGCUAACGUUUUAGCAUUUGUGGCACAAAUCCCAUUAGUCAUGGGACUGAUUUAUUUGUGACUGAGGAUCACAAUCCAUUUCAGAUACUUUCGGAUGAUUUGGACAUGAUGCGUGAAAAAUGCUAAUAUCGGUAGCAUGACUUGAAUGGGAUUUGCGCCACAAACACUAAAACGUUAGCAUGUGGAAAAGGUCAUACGUCCAGAGACUGCUUACAGGGUAAGGAAACCAAUUUGGGUGAACUAUCCCUUUAAGGCUAAUGCGUUUGAUAUUAAUGCAUCUAUAUCACAGGAGGUUGGUGGCACCUUAAUUGGGGAAGACGGGCUUAUAGUAAUGGCUGUAGCAGAAUCGGUGGAAUGGUAUCAAAUAUAGGGUUUCCACGUGCUUGACGCCAUUCCAGUCGCUCCGUUCUAGCCAUUAUUUUGAGCUGUCCUCCACUCAGUGCUGAUCUAUGUAAUACUAUAUCAUCGGUAUCGGCUUGAUUUCAUCUUAUGAAAGUAUUUGUUGCAGCAAUAACAAAGAAUUGUGUACAUGUUUUGUCAUUUAUUGUAAUGGACUUCCUUAGCUUGACACCCAAAUUAAAUGUGUAGCUUUUUGUUUGACCUAACAUCAUCAUUUUGUGUGAAACCUAUGAAUAUUUGUCCAUUACGUUUACCAUUCAUUAAAAAUGUACAUUUUUGUUCUUGAAA